AUCCACAAGGAGGCGUUAUCUCUAACAAUUCCCCAGAGAAACAGUUAUUCUCCCCCUCCGAUUCGGGAAAAGUGGUAGAUUCCACGGCGCGCGAGGCUCCAAACGGUUUUGGUUGUAGUAGAAGUGAGGAAACUGGAAUCUCUCAGGAUGGAGGAGAAGGUGAGCGAGGAGAACACUGAGGAGGUGAAGAUGCUGGAGGCUCAGAUCAGUCAUCUCCAGGCUGAAGUUGCAGCGUUGCAGCGCCAACAGCGGGAAAACCACAAGGAUAUGACAUUCAAUUUCCAGGGACAUAUGCAGGAUGCCCUGUCGUACAUGUGCGGAGAGAGACCUGUAGGAGGGAAGGAGAAGGUGGUGUCCAGGCUGAAGGAGGAAGUGGAGGAGCUGGAGGAUGAUCUGAAGCGGCAGACACAGAUGAAUGGGAUCAGUCUGAACAGCUGCACCACAAAAACUCUGCAAAGAAGUAGCAGAAAGCUGGUCCAGCAGGUCUAUGUAUCAGGCCGCUGCUCUGAACUGGUCUUCCAGGUGGAGUUCCAGCUCUCUGAGGUCAAGGAGGGUCAGAGAUCUGAGAGGACGAUCAGUGAUCUGAAUGUGGUGAUGGAUGCCAGUGACCUGCAAAACUUCAGCAGCUUCCUGUCUGGGGUGGAGGAGAGCAAGAAUCUUCUGCUGUUCUUCAGGACUCUGAGGACUUUCUCAGACAGAUGUGAUGACCGGUCCAGAACCUUCCAGCACUUCCAGGAGAAGUAUCCGUCCAUCGUCUCCCUUCCUGGAGGCUGCAGGUCAGAGGUCAUGACCCUGAAUCAUCCUAAGCUUCCUGGCUGCGUCUUGUUCGUUCAUUGGUCGGUCAAAGUCUCCAGAGAGGGUGGAGUCACUCCAAAAAUCAACCUGCUGACAAAGAUCCCAGAGAAAGCACUGCAGUUGUUUCCCUCUCAGGCUGUAGGGGGCGCUGCUGAAGCCUUUCACAGCCUGCUGAGGAUUCUGGGACCUGAAGCCGCCUUGGAGUCGGUCAUCAGGGCGGUCAGCCUCUCACAGGACACAUAACUCACCCCUGAACCAUUAAACCAUAAGAUGUUAAAACAAUGUUAACCUGAAAAUAUUAGCUGAGAUCUGUGGCACAGUAAAAGCUUUAUAUGUAAUAUUUUAUUUUUUCAUCCUUUUCUAUUUCAGAAAUGUGUUUUUUAAAAAAGUGAACACACAACAACGGUUUAGUCUCUUAGAAAUCUUUAUUCAAUAGAAAGAGCACGACUGUGACAGCUGUAACAGCGGAGCUCAUUGGUCAAAAUCUACAAAAAUAAAUAAUUUAAAUACAAAA